AUGCCCCACGCUAUCUCAGCGCCUUCCCCGGGGCUGCAGGCCAUAAUCCUUUGCGGCCCUGGCUCGUCGUUUCCGACCUUCACGGCGAACCCAGAUGAGAACCCCAAGGCUCUGUUACCGGUCGCGAACCGGCCCAUGGUGUGGUAUCCCAUCGACUUUUGCUACCGCAUGGGUAUUUCCGACAUCACCCUCAUCUGCCCUCCUAGCGCGUUGCAGGCCAUCACGACCGCGUUGAACACGGAUCCGUUCCUGACCGCCCUGCCGCUGCCCCGCCCCGAUGUGCUGGCGCCGCACGGGCUGGACCAAAACACCGGCACGGCGGCGAUCCUCCGACUCCCCGAGAUCAAGCAACUCAUCACAUCCGAUUUCUUGGUCCUCCCGUGCGAUCUCGUCUGCGAAGUCCCUGGAGAAAAGUUUCUGCAGGCGUGGAUGACGACGGCGGCCAGCCUCUCCUACGUCCUGGGCGAUAGGAGGCUCGCCGAGGAUGACAAGGCGCCCCUCUUCAACGGUGGGCUAGGCGUUUGGUACGACACCAAAACCGCGAACCCCAUAAAGGGCGAGGAGACCGACUUCAUCGCGACGACGCCCCUCCCCGUAGUGACCGCGAUACCGCAAAAGGGCUCCCUCUUGCCCCACGUGUCGAAGCUCGUGUACUCCAUGCCCACAUCAUCCCUAUCAGACUUGAUGGAGGAGCGCGCCGGAUUGCCCAUCCGACACGGCCUCAUCAGGAACCACCCGCGGGUGCGCAUGCUCACCACCUUUCGCGACGCCCACAUCUACGUCUUCCCUCGCUGGAUCAUCGACUUUGCACAGAAGAACGACAGGUUCGACAGCAUCGGCGAAGACAUCACCCAAUGGUGGGCCAAGGCCGGCUGGGAAAAGGGCCUGGCCGAGAAGCUCGGGCUCGGAGAGCGAGCCCAAGAGCGACGACGUCAUCCCCCAAUCCUCGCCUACCUCCACCCCAACGAGCCGGAAGCGCCCAUCAUCCGCCGCGUGGAUACCGCCCGCCUCCUCCUCAGCGUCUCGCUUCAGCUAGCGAAAGUGCCCUCGGUCGAGGAGGUCGGCGCCGAGGCCGCCUCGCCCUUUGCCCACCCCAGGAAGGUGGCCUACCCCGAGGGCAUCAAGUCGAGGACGACCAUCACCAAGACGGAUUCCCUCAUAGCCGAGCACGCCACAGUAGAGGAGAAGACGUCGAUCAAGGAGACCGUGGUCGGGGCUCACUGCCAGGUCAAGGAAGGCGCCAAGAUGCUGCAGUGUGUCCUCAUGGACGGCGUCACGGUUGGGAAACAAUGCAAGCUUACGAGGUGCAUAAUCGGCAAGCGGGCCGUGAUCGGGGACAACUGCGUUCUCACCGACUGCGAGAUCCAAGAAAACUUGCUUGUCGAAGCUGGAACCGAGGCGAAGGAAGAAAAGUUUAUGAGUUCGGAGGGUCUCGAAGCCACAGAAGAGGAGAUGAGGGAGGUUUUAGAAGGCGAUGGUUUAGCAGACGACGAUGCCAUCAUAACUUAG